AGAGUAGAACUUAAAUAUGAGCCAGGCGUCAUCGAGUGCUUUUAAUACACAACGCAAUCGCUAUUAUAAUCCCGUCUCCCGGAUCCAAUCGUUGAUACAAAAUCUGGACGCUGAACUGAUAACAUUAUGCAAGCAAUGUUCGCUGCCAAAGAAUAUAUCGAAUAGCAAUAACCAAUACGAUAAUAUCAUAUCGCAUCAAGCGGGCAGCCAGCUUAAGCAUGCGAGUCUCAACAAUAUUUUGGCACAGGCGCGCUCUGCUCAGGGCAGUAACUCGACGGCUGGGCUAGCGCCGGAUGCGCACAAGCGUCAGUUGCGCAAUACCUAUCGAACGCGCGUUAUCGAUGCUUAUCGCAAUCGCCGCAUAUUUACCGUUUACGGUAAUUAUCACACGGUGAGGCGAGCGCUGGUGAGACGAGGCUGGCUGGAGAAACUACCAGCAGGUCGGCAUGCCAAGCUGCAGAAUAUGUCGGAGGACUCGCUGUUGGAGCAUGCCAGACGUGGCAACGACUAUGAAGCAGUGGUCAUAUCGAAAAUGAUCAAUAAUUUCCCCUCGUUCUUCAUAUGGCAGAGCAAGGCGCAGCGCGAUUUGUUUCCGGAGGUGAAGCCGUACCGGAAUCGCGUCAGACGUAGCCAAUUCUUAGACUUCUCCACGAAAGUGGGUCUGGUCGGUUGUGCAGAGCAGGAGCGUUGGUUUCGAGAGGAUGGCGUCUGCGGCAUGAGCUAUCCCCGUUUUUAUCGCCUGGGCGCCAACAGCAUGGAGGAGCGUGCGGCAUUCAUUGAAGAUUAUCAUCAGACGCAGGCGCGCUGUUUGCUGCGGUUUAUCAAGGAGCACCGUCCAGCCGAGUUGAUCGAUCUUGAGAAUGGCACUGUGAUGAGCAUUACGAUAGACUUUGCAUUGAACAAAGUGAAGACAAUGAUCAGGCAGAAGGAGCAUUACUCUCUGGAUGAUGCGCGCAUCAAGCUGCCAACGCCCACCGAAAUGAUCGAGAAUCAGUCGUUUAUGGUACAAUCCUCCAAGGUGCUCCAUUCGGGUGCUAAAUUCAAAAUCAACGAGAAGGUCAUGGCGGAGUAUGCGCGUCUAGCUGGCCAAUAUCUAGAACAAAUCGAAUCGUUACGACUCGAUUACCGCUGGGAUGGUUGCCGUAAUUUAUGGAUCUUGAAACCUGGUUAUCAAUCGCGCGGUAUCGGAAUUGUCAUACGUAGCUCCCUGGACGACAUCUUACAGUGGACAUCCAAUAAUCAGAAUCGCAAAUAUAUCGUCCAAAAGUAUAUUGAACGUCCAUAUCUGAUCUAUCGCACCAAGUUCGAUAUACGGCAGUAUAUGCUGCUUACGAUCAGCGAUACACAGGUAACGAUAUGGACAUAUCGCGAUUGCUAUUUGCGGUUUAGCUCCCAGGAGUUCACAAUGGAUGACCUGCGCGAAUCGAUACACCUGACGAACAACUCAGUGCAGAAACGCUACAAGAACAAAGUGAAUCGGGAUGCGCGUCUGCCGAAGAACAAUAUGUGGUCGCUGGACCAAUUCAAAUGCCAUUUGCGACACGUUGGGGCACCGGACGGUACAUGGCAAAAAAUCUACAAUGGCUUCAAACAGAAUCUGGUCGCAGUGGUCCUAGCCAGUCUGGAUGAAACGGAAUUGGUGCCGAAUGCAUUUGAAUUAUAUGGCUGUGAUUUUAUGAUCGAUGAGCACUUUAAUCCCAUAUUGAUUGAGAUUAAUUCGACGCCAGAUUUGUCGGCCUCAACGGAAGUGACGGCCAGAAUAUGUCCAUUGGUACUAAAGGAUUGCAUCCGUGUCGUCCUGGAUGUGCCCCGCAAUUCCUUGGCCGCCACGGGUCUCUUCGAGCGCGCCUUUCAGGUCAAUUAUAAUGUCAACAAGGAGGUAGAUGGCACGCGCCCACUGGAGCUCAACGGCACCCAGAUGAAACUGUUUGACAACUUGCCGAAGCUACGAAACAGCCCGAGGACACGACUGCUACGCAAAAUCCUGAACAAUGUCCGAGCGACGACUAGCAACAAAUUUGGCAGGGAAAAAAACAAAACUGCGUCGCAGACACCAGCCAAAGUCAUCGUGGGCAAAGUGGGCACGAAAAAACUAUCUCAAGCGAGCUCGAAGAUGAUGAGUACCAGCACGAAAGUAGCAUUAAAUUCGAAAGCUCGUGAGCAUUUGGCCUUACAAUAUACAGCACCCAAGUGAGAAACGAAAGAGUCUG